AUGAAGGCAAACCUUGUAAAUGUUACAAAUUUAAAACCUCAAAAUUAUGAAGAACAUCGCUGGUAUUUAAAGGAAACACAUACUUUAACAAAAGGUAAGGGGAUUUGCCAUAUUUCAAUUAAAUGCUCAUUUUGUGGGAGAAUAAAUACUUUAGAAAUUUUGCCAAACAGUUAUUUACCUUACAAUAAUGACAAAAAUGAAGAAUUCCAAACAAUUGUUAAAUUUGAAUGUAGAGGGUUAGAACCCGUUGAUUUUGAUCCCCGUAUUGGUUGGAGUUGUUGUAGUACUGAAAGUGAUUUAAAUUUUGAGGAAAUUGACUUAAACACGAAAGAAUGGUUUGAUUAUGAUGAAAAAGCUAGUCUUCCAGUAGAAAUAAAAGAAAUGUUUUUUAAAUUUGUUGUUGUAAAAGAAUAA